GUGGUAUUUGGUGAUGAGCAUUAUGCUCAAGUCAGAGCUGAAGAAUUCCUCGAAAGUGAUUGCGCAGCUGACGGGCAAGCCUGCCCCCAAACUGCAGGUUUUGUUGAGAGAAUUGUAUCAGGUCUGGAGUGCCAACCCUGCCUUUUUGUCCAUCAUUGCAUGCAGUCCCACUUUGAAUGGAGACAUUCCAGCAGAGUUCAAUGCCAACAAUGUGCAGAUUGGAGCGCUGAUGCCAACGCCUCAGCAACAGCAAGGGAGCGAGUUUGGCGGAGAGCAGGAAAAAACUCCUAGAGGAUUUCCUCGCCGCAGGGAGUGCACCAGUCUACUUUGGCUACGGCUCGCUCAUUUGUGGUUCAUCCAAGUUCAUGUGCCUGCUGUCCUUGAGAGCAUUGAAAAAGACCGGCGAGCGUGGCAUUCUAGUUUCAAGUUGGUCGACCAUGUCUGA